GUUUGUUUGGACCACUAAAGUAGUCACGUGACAUGUUAAAGGUUCUACUUCCUGGAUCCUCUUCAUUCUUGAAUGCUCAAAUGCCACAAUGAUAUUCCACCGAAUGUAACGCGUUAUGAUUAUUUCCAGCACAUACCUUUACGAGAAGUGCCAUUUGUUUAACAUUUACCACGGUCUGCAAAUACAAGGUUGGCUAAACAAGGUAAAUCAUUUUGUGGCUAAUCAGUAGCUAGCAUACUUACCUUGAUAUCUCAGACGCGGUUCCUGUCUGCAGUCACCUAGUUGGAUUUCCACGCAUUAAGCGUAUUAUCUGAUGGUAAAUUGAUUGACGAGGAAAGCUGAAAACAUGUCUAAACUGCUAUCAUUGAAAAGCAUCAGCUGUAUCGAGAAAUGUGGAAGUUUGAUACAUGCAAGAGCAGUAACUAUUAGUGGGCGGAAAUACAGCAGCCAACAUUCCGAAUAUCUGCAUCGGAGUGUUGUACCGUCCAUGCAUUACCAGAAGAGUCUGCCCAGGUUGCCAGUACCCAAACUAGAGGACACUAUUAGAAGAUAUUUAGCUGCUCAGAGACCUCUUUUGGAUGAUGACCAGUUCAGAAACACAGAGAAAAUUGCAGAAGAUUUCAAGAAUGGAGUGGGAAAACAGCUGAAUGAAGAACUGGUUGCCCAGGACAAAAAUAAUAAGCACACGAGCUACAUCUCCGCUCCUUGGUUUGACAUGUACCUCUCUGCCCGGGACUCUGUAGUCCUCAACUAUAACCCCUUCAUGUCCUUCAACCCCGACCCCAAACCAGAAUACAACGAUCAGCUUAUUCGUGCCACUAACAUGGUUUGCUCUGCCGUACGCUUCAUGAAAACACUCCGAGCAGGAGUACUAGAACCUGAAGUCUUCCACCUAAACCCUGCUAAAAGCGACACAGACCAAUUCAAAAAGUUCAUCCGUUGGGUUCCCUCUUCGCUGUCCUGGUAUGGAGCCUACAUGGUCAACGCCUACCCUUUAGACAUGUCGCAGUAUUUCCGCCUUUUCAACUCUACCAGAUUGCCAAAACAAGGAAGAGAUGAGCUGUUUACAGAUGAGAAAGGAAGACAUCUUUUAGUUAUGAGGAAAGGCAACUUGUACGUGUUUGAUAUUGUUGAUCGCGAUGGAAAUUUGGUGAAACCGGCAGAGAUUCACUCCCACUUGAAGUACAUUUUGUCAGAUGAAACCCCAGUGCCUUCCAGUCCGAUUGGCGUCCUAACAAGUGAGAAUAGAAACGUGUGGGCAAGUCUUAGAGAGAAGCUAAUCGCCAAUGGCAACGGAGGACUUUUACAAACCGUAGACAGUGCAUUGUUUUGUCUUUGUCUCGAUGAUGAAGCUAUGAAGGACCAUAUUCACAUUUCUCACAACAUGCUUCACGGAGAUGGGUGCAAUCGCUGGUACGACAAGUCCUUCAGCAUUAUUGUAGCCAAAGAUGGAAAUGCGGCAAUCAAUUUUGAGCAUUCUUGGGGAGAUGGAGUGGCAGUGCUCAGAUUCCAAAAUGAAAUCUUCAAAGAUACAACAGAAAAACCCAUUGUGAAUCCUGGUUCUGCUCGUGCCACUGUGGAUUCCACCUUAGCUGUCCAAAGAUUGCACUUUAACUUAGAUGAUGAAUUGAAAAGCGGUAUCCAAAAAGCCAAGGAGAAUUUUGACGCGGCCGUAUCCAAGCUGACCAUAGAUGCGAUGGAGUUUAAAAAGGGAGGUAAAGAGCAGUUGAAAAAGAGUAAGUUGAGCCCAGAUGCCAUUGCUCAGCUGGCAUUUCAGAUGGGUUUUCUGAGGCAGUAUGGACGAACUGUAGCCACUUAUGAGUCUUGUAGUACAGCAGCGUUUAAACACGGCCGUACAGAGACCAUUAGGCCAGCCACUAUUCACACCAAACGCUGCUCCCACGCUUUUGUCCAUGAGCCAGGGAAGCACAGCAUGGAGGAGCUGAAGGCCAUGCUAAAUGAGUGCUCCAAGUACCAUGGGCAGCUCACCAAGGAGGCAGCUAUGGGCCAAGGUUUUGACCGCCACCUCUUUGCCAUGCGGUACUUGGCCAACUUGAAAGGGCAGCCUCUGCACAGCCUGUACACAGACCCAGCCUACAGCUCCAUUAACCACAACAUCCUGUCCACCAGCACCCUCACCAGUCCCGCUGUAGGCCUGGGGGGGUUCGCGCCUGUGGUUCCAGAUGGAUUUGGGGUGGGCUAUGGAGUUCAUGAUGACUGGAUCGGCUGUAACGUGUCCACAUACCCUGCUCGAAAUGUGCACGAGUUCCUCCAGUGUGUCCACAAGUCGUUAGAGGAUAUUUUCACAGUUCUGGAAGGAAAGCCACUGAGCUAACUGAGCUAACUAAUCUAAAAGAGUUUUAAAUUAUACAGUAUUCUAAGCCAUUUAAUUAUCUUGAAUGGAAAAUUAAUGUAUAGGUUUACCUCUGAAGAUUUCUGUACUGUAACCUUUUCUUUGUGCAUUUAGAUUUCAGUAGAUUAAUGGUUCAAAAGAGUGCCUUGUCAGAUUUUGGCAUCUUAAAGCAGUCAUUCAAAAUCAUUAUUACUUCUCAGCCUUACUACUUGGUGUGAAUGUGUUUAG